AUGCCUCGUCCGACGCCGCCGUUUCGGCACUGGUCGCUGGUAAACUGCCCCUCGGAGGACUCGCCGCUAGGCCGCAUCGGUCACUCCUUCUGCGCCAACGCCGAUGGCAGCAAGGCGUACGUCUACGGCGGCGUGAACGACACGGACAGCGUGUCCAUCUACCUGGACGACUUGUGGCAGUACGACGUGAUCAACAAGCGAUGGAAGGAGAUUGAGCUGCGAGGCGAAAAGCAGCACCCGCGCGCGUUCCACACCGCAGUUUGGUAUGGCACAUGCAUGUACAUCUUUGGUGGCUGCAACGGCCGCGGUCGGUUCAACAAGCUCUUCUACAUUAGCGAGGAUGGCGACUGCCACCCUGUCGUCGUGCGAGGGGCGCUCAUCCCAAUGACUCGCUACUGCCACAGCGCCGUUGUGUUUGGGAAUACCAUGUACAUCUUCGGAGGCAAGUGCGGCGGGCGCAACAGCAACAAGCGGCUGCAGGACCUGUACCGCUGCGACUUGAGCGAUCCGGAGUGGAAGGAAUGCAACCAGCUUGGCACGAUCCCACCGCCGCGCUCUGCCCAUACUGCGAUGACGUACGAGCGCACCAUGAUUGUUUUCGGUGGCCGAAACAGCGGCGGCGAGUGCUGCGAAGACUUUUUCGUCUAUUCAUUCGACACCUCGAUGUGGCGGCGCAUUGACCUGCCGCAGGUGCCGAUGUUUGGCCGUGCCCGUAAUAGCGCCGCUGUGCACUACGGCAACAUCAUCGUCUUCGGUGGCUGGAAUGGCAAAAAGAAGUUGAACGACUUGUUCAUCUACAACGUGGAGGCGAACACGUUUGAGUUCAUGUACGACAUCGACCGCGAGUAUCCGUCGCGUCGCGAGUGCCACGUGGCCGUAGUAUGCCGCAACACCAUGGUGGUGUUUGGUGGCCGCUUCCGCGGCCACUUCAUGAACGACACGACGGAACUGUACCUUGGCAGCAAGACAGGCGUCGAUAGCAUGCGUGAUUGGCUCAUCAUGGCGGACCCUCAGCUCACCGGGUUGGCAACGCACCUCCCGCUGCACCACUUUGCGGCUCUCAAGGCACACAAGGACUACGUCGUUCCAGAGCUGCCAGAGGAGCCUAUGUGGCCGCUUAUAGGGCAUACACCCUAA